AUGUCGCUUGAAGAUUCUGCAACGUUGCUGGAAGAUUCUGAAGCGUCGCUUGAAGGUGUUGUGGUGGACGAAGCUGUGGUGGUGCCGGACGGGGUUGUGGUGGUGCCGGACGGGGUUGUGGAGGUGCCGGACGGGGUUGUGGUGGUGCCGGACGGGGUUGUGGAGGUGCCGGACGGGGUUGUGGUGGUGCCGGACGGGGUUGUGGUGGUGCCGGACGGGGUUGUGGUGGUGCCGGACGGGGUUGUGGUGGUGCCGGACGGGGUUGUGGUGGUGCCGGGUUUUGCUGCUGGCACACAGGGCAGCCUGCAGUGA